AUGAUAUCUUCUCAUAACUUCCGAAAUAGCAAAAUUUUAAGACAAUUAUCUUCAUCAACACCAUCGUGGAUGACAGAGUCGAGCAAUACUGUGGAUAUUGAUGUGUCGGAACGAUCAUCAAAUUCUGCUAAUUCAUAUAUUUUCAAUUUUCUUGAUAAUAUUUUACUUCCGAUCACUGGCGUCGUUGGUGUGCUGACCAUUAUUAUAUUAUUUACAAAUUAUGGAGAUGAUCUGCUUGAUAAAUGUUUUAUGGAUAGAUUUGACAAAUCACAAGUCCAUUUUGCUAUUACAAUCAAAAAGUAUUUUCUUUUUCCAGCCUAUACUGCCUUAACCCUCCUAGGAAUUAUUGCAAUGCUUCUCUUUUCAUAUGCUAGACAAUAUUCACCUAUAUUUAUUUGUAAAAAUUGGAAACAAACGUUACGAAUGGUUGUUCAAAUAAGCUCAUGGUAUUUUUGCUCUCAUGCCUUAGUGAUAUUCUUGAAAAUUUGGAUUUCUGAUCACAGUUGCAACAUUCAUCCCAAUUCUGUCUCUGGACAUUAUAACUUUGUACUUUAUUCAUUAAUAACGACGUAUUGUAGUUGUGCAAUGGUUGGAUGGAGAGACAAAAAGUUUUGGAUUUUUUACUCACUCUCUUUAGUUUUUGGAGUUUCAGUCAUGCUUGACACGUUGAUUUUUGGAUAUCAUUCAUUGAGACAAUGUAUUUACGGCUCUACAAUAGCACUUCUUUCUUCAUAUAUCAUCUGUAAACUGAUCCUUUCAAAGAAGCACACGUUUCUCGUUGCUAUAUGCUAUUUGUGCUUGAGCUUAUUCGCACGUUUGGCUUGGCAAACUAUAUUUUUUGAAACCGCCGCCACACUUUCCCACAGCAAGCAUCCGGAGAAGAGAAGUAUUGCACAUGUUUAUUUGCCUCCUGUGGUGCUGAUUACCGUUCAAUUCUUACUUGAGAAGAGCAUAUCUGCCGAAUAG